UACCGUACUUAGUGUGGGUAAACUAUCGAAACACUUUCGAUUCGCGGAUGCCGGGCUAUUUGUUGUUUGAUAGACUAUUUUGACCGAAUUUGUAAAACUUUAGUAUAUUUGUAUUUCUCUCUAAUCUUUUGCCUACCUGUAUUUUCUGCCAAUUCUCAGGAUAAAAUGUCGACUGCUCCACCAAGCCGCAAGGAGGCUCUAACUUCUUUUAUUCAACAGAUCCAUGGUCGCCCUGUUGUGGUGAAGUUGAACAGCGGUGUGGACUACCGAGGUGUUUUAGCUUGCCUUGAUGGUUACAUGAACAUAGCUCUAGAACAAACAGAAGAAUAUGUCAAUGGUCAACUUAAGAAUAAGUAUGGAGAUGCCUUCAUUCGAGGCAAUAAUGUUUUAUACAUUAGUACUCAGAAGCGGAAGCUGUAAAUAUGCUAAAUCUUACUUCUAAGCUGUUUUUUUUUUUCUUUGAUUUAAAUGUUUAAGAUUGUACCAGUAAAAUUAAAAUGUUUUUGUUCACAUUAGUCAUGUUACCAAACAUACUAAUACUUCACCAGAUGUAUUAUCUUUUUUCAUAAACAAUAAAAGCUCCUCACUAUAAAA